UGCAGAGGGAGUGGGCGUUAUUGCCAAGACGGCUCCAUUUUGUUUUGAAUUGUUUCGUCAUUUUAGACGUUGAAAUCGCUGAAGAGGAUCCUGAAGAUGAGCGGACGUCGCGUUUUCAUUGGCCGGUUGAGCCCCUCCGCUAGAGAGAAGGAUGUGGAGAGGUUUUUCAAGGGAUAUGGGAAAAUCCGGGAUAUUGACCUGAAAAAGGGCUUUGGAUUUGUGGAAUUCGACGAUCCCCGGGACGCAAAAGAUGCAGUAUAUGAGCUAGACGGUAAACAGCUCUGCAGUGAAAGAGUGACCAUCGAGCAUGCCCGCAUGCGCUUGCGUGGGGGACGAGGGCGUGGUGGGGCCGGACGCUUCCCGGGCCGCUUUGCCAGGGAGUCACGGGACGGGGGUCGGAGGAACCCUCCUCCUCUCCGCACAGAGAACCGCCUCAUUGUGGAGAACUUGUCCUCGCGAGUCAGCUGGCAGGAUCUGAAAGACUUCAUGAGACAGGCCGGAGAGGUCACGUUUGCGGACGCCCAUCGGCCACAUCUCAACGAAGGGGUUGUUGAGUUUGCCUAUCACAGCGACCUGAGAAAUGCUCUUGAUAAGCUCUCCGGGAAGGAAAUCAAUGGGAGGAAAAUUAAGCUGACAGAAGCAGUUAAGAAGAGGUCCAGGACACGCUCUCGCUCUGGCAGCUCCUCCCUCUCCUCUCGCUCUGCUUCCAGGAGCCGCUCCAGGUCCUACAGCCGCUCCCGUUCCCGCUCUCGCUCUGCCUGCAGUUCCCCUGCCCAGGGCAGGGAGCCCAAGCCUGCUUCCACACCCAAACUGGGAACUCCUCCUACCCCUCAGGAGCAUGCACGCCCUCAGUCACCCGCCCAGUCCCCGCCUCGGUCCCCCUUCAGUUCCCCUUCCCGUUCACCCUCCCACUCUCCUUCCUGUUAGAGCGGGUACUGCCAACCUCCCACUUAAAUCGGUUUUUUGUCAGUAAUGCUGGCAUUUGGACUGCAUUUCCCAGCAGCACUCUCCACCUCCACAUGCUGGACGUGUCCCUACCAACCCUUGUUUGUUUGUUGGAUUUUUGUAGUGUAGUUUUGGGAGAGUCUGCGGAAAGGCUCUUUUGACACUGUGGCUGUGAGUUUGUAGUGAAUUAUGCACGCAUUGGUAGAAGGACAGGUGUAACAUUUGGACUGUCAGAGGUGACGAGUUACUGCUAUUCUGAAGCACUGUCCCCAAAACAUCUCUGUCAAAUUAUUUGUUUCCUAAGCAGUGAUAUUGGGACCAGUCUUUAAUACUUAUUCUGUCAGAGAAGUCUUCAUUUUACAAGAAGUUUCAGUGGUAUCAUUCUGUGGAAACAGGAGGAGAACAUUUCUUUUUGUAGGGUCCACAGUAAUCUUUUUACAUUGUUGAGCAUCAGGGUACAGUUGUAAUAAGCUACAGUAUCACUUAUUAACAAUUUGCAUUCAACCAGUUGGAAAUGGGAACCUUCAGUCAAUAUCGUAAAUACUUUGUGUACAACCUGACAAUAAAAAUAUGCUUAGUAAAAA